AAUUCCUUCGAGAUCCAAGUUGUUACCUGUAUCAACUGUUCAUUCUUUUUUUUUGCUGAGUAAUACGCGAUGGUAUAGAGAUACCGCCAUCUGUUUAACCGUUUACCCCCUGAAGGACAUCUGGGUUGUUUCCAGUUUGGGGCUAUUAUGAGUAAAGUUUGCUGUGAACAUUUGUAUAAAGAUUUUUAUGUGAGCCUAGGUUCUUAUUUCUCUCAGAUAAACUCCCAGGAGUGAAAUUUUUGAGUCAUAUGGUCCGUAAUUACUCUGGAAUCAAUAAGCCAUGGAGUCAAAGAAAUUUGCCGUUAAAUGUGGGAAUUUUGCUGUCCUGGUCGAUCUUCACAUACAGCCACAGGGUUCAAACAAAGAUACCAGCUGGUUUUCUGAACAGAAGAAAGAGGAAGUCUGUUUACUGUUAAAAGAAACCAUUGAUUCAAGAGUCAAGGAGUACUUGGAAGUUCGUAAACAGCACAGGCCAUCAAAUACAGAAUUCACAAGAUCCAGUCCCUUGACCUUAAAAGGUUAUGGCUUUCAAAUCACAGCCUAUUUCCUCAAGAGAGGAUUACGCCUUUACUGUUUCAGGGGUUCACAGAGUACUGAGCUCCGUGUAUUUCCUGACAGAUUUGUGGUCUGUGUAAGUCAGCUUUCAUUCAGUCGUGAUCUUUUGGCAAGUCAGAAUGAAGAAUUGACGGAAGGAGCUCUCCAUGGAGCGUCUGAUUAUUUUGCUGAGUGUGCGGAGAGUCAACUUCCUCCCAGUGCAAAGCGCAAGAGAAAUGCUCUGAAAGAAAUUGUGAAAAGAACUGAAACGAACAGCAAUGUUGUGAGCAAAUCAUGGAGCAGAAGGGACAUUGUGGGAACAUCUAGUGACCCAGUGAUUGCAGAGAUAGCGAGGAGGAGGGGUGACAGUCGGGCUUCAGCCAGUCCCCUGUCAGAGUCCAUGGGACAAGCAAAAGAUUACAUAAAGGCAGCCGAGAGCCACUGGGGGCUUCCUGUUCAAGAGCUGGAAAAUGUUCAUCAGACCCAGCCUGAAGACACUAGUGGCCAGUAAAAACCUCAUCUUGGGGAGUGGUUAGAGACAGGCCUUCUAAGCAGGAGCCCUGUCUGUAGCUGUGAGUCAGCAUCACCAGGUCCAAAACAAAGUCCACAAAGGGCCAGAGCGCAACAGAAAUGCAGGAACCGCGGCUCUGCAGAAGACGUCGACCACCACAGGAGAGUUUCUCUUGGAAGCGAUCAAUUAGUCCCAAGAGAAAUCAUAGUAGAAAAAAGCAAAGCUGUCAGUGUUUUGCCAGCCCCAGAGCUGUCAAAUCCGGGGUUACUUUUGAAACGAGGUUUGGCAAAAAUGGCAUCUAAUGAAGAGUUGCAUGUUUUGGAAAAUCUCUCCUCCGGACAUCUUACAAAAAAUCAGCCAAGGCAGGCACAGCAGACCGGCUCAACCACAAACACUGAAAGAUUAUCUGCAGUCCGGGGCAGCCCAACCAAGAAAAGAAAGAAGUAUGAAAGAGGCCACUAACUUACUAACGGGGAUUGCUGAGUUGUAGUUGGGUAUGUAAUGGCUGAAGGUGCGGAAAGAGAGGGGUGUGUGCAGCUGUCCCGACGUUGAAGGAAUUAGAAUGAUUAUUUUGCAUGGAAAAUAGAGCUCCAUGUGAGGAUUCUUUUUUAACACAUUCAUCUCCGGGAGGCUAUGUGCUUUUUCUAACAACACUGCCACUUUCUCAUCAUACUUCUAUAACUAUCUUCAGAGCCCUUCACCUCGUCAAAGAUGACCCCCUUCUUGAAGGAACUGCACAAAGAAACCAAUCGUGCGCCUUCAUGACUCAUCACUGUGCAGACCAUACAAUGGGCCACAUGAAGACAGUGCUAUAUUUGGGGGGACAGUUUCUCCUUCUGUUCCUCAGCCUGAGUCAGGCAGAAGUGAAGGAACAGGCUAGUGGUCCUCAACAUCUGGUUCUGGGCCCCGCAUCACUGUCUGAAAAUGUGUUAGAAAUGCAGACCUUGGGCCCCACCCCAGACCUACUGAAUGAGAAACUCCGGGCAAUUCCAAAACAUGCUCAACUUUGAGAACCACUGGACUAAUUGAAAACUCCCUGGUGUUUGUUUCCUCCAGCCUGGUUCCCAGGGCCUCCAGCUCAUCAGCCGAGGCCCGCAUGUGGACAGGCACCCCCUCGUGUUCCGUGCAACUUGUAAAACACCUGAGUUUGGCGUCUGAGCUGCUCAGUUCCUGGUUUCUCUACGGCAUGGUGGCCGCAGCACCACAAAUCUGUUACUUACCCUAAGAAGUGCUAGAAGUUUAUGGGUCAUUUGGCCCAGCAUUAGAGGGAGACAGUGGAGGGAGAGGCUUGCUCUCUCUUGUAGCCCAGGCAUGCGUGUCCGUGUCCCUGUCCCAGCACUUGCCCCCAGCUCUAAGAUUUCAGUUAGGUUCAGGAAGGAUUAAAACCCAAGGGGAAAUCAGUGGCCAGAGUUUCCACUUUCCCAGUUGGAAGGCGUCACAGGCAGUUUGAAUUUCAAAACAGGAGCCUUCCAUUUGCAGUAUCACCCACGAAUGUCUCCAGUGGGCCUGCUGAAAUGUCACCGAGUGAAUCAUAGCAAUGACUUAUUUUGGAUGGACACCUACUAAAGAUUUUCUUAACCCAAUUUCACCCUAAAAUAGGAGAAAACCCAUAUUCAAAGGCCACCCAUCAAAUACAUCUUUUUUUUCUCCUCAACAUUGUGUGGUCCUUUGAAGUAGCACCUCCCUAGUAACAAGGAAAAUUAAGUAUAUUCCCAGAGUGUUGGAGUUAGCAGAAAAAUGACCCAGAAAACGUCCAAUGAAAUAAAAGAACAUGGAAACAGACAGAGUGUAGGUGGUUCAGAAUGCUUAAAACUAAUUGUGGUUUUGUUUCUCCUAGCUCAUUCUAUGCUUGCCUGUGACUCCUUUCCCACUUGUUAGGGUAAGACUCCUUAAGAGGCAACCAUGAAGUUCAUGAAGUUCAGUGUUGGUCACUAUGCCUAGCUGUGAACGUAGAUGUUAUUCCUUUGAUGUUCCCCAGGCUGCCUGGACACCUGUCCCCUUCUCGUGGUCCCAGACCCACCACCCCAACCAGGAACAUGGCCCUGCCCAUCGGUGUCCUUUCCUCUUCCCACAGGUUUUUCUCUGCUCUUAGCUGAUUCCAGUUAAAGCAUUCUACAGGAAAAGAGGGAGCCCAACAGAGUACUAACCACAGUGAGUCAAGUUAGUUAGUUAGUUAGGGAGCAGAUUGUAUUCAUCCAGUUGGGGUAGACAGCACAGAAUGGAAAUGCUCCACUGGGGGGCCCCUCUCUUAGAGCGGCAGCUGUUCUAGGUGUGCUCUUUCCCGAAGACAGGAGCAGAGUGUGUCGCUGAAUCUUCUUCCAACAGAAUUCUUGGAACAGUCUAAAUAGAGAGGGCCCACAUAACAACCCAGGUGACCGGCCAAGAAACAAUAAGCUCCCAGAACGGAGUCUUGAUUAAAAAGGGCAGCCAU